GGACUCUGCCUGGAUAUGAGGUACUAAGGGGAAAAAGAGCACCACGCUUGUCUGCUCACCUUGCCUAUUUGACUGUACAUAAUGGAGACCAAGGAAGAGAAGAAGGAACGAAGACAAGGCUAUUUUGCUCGUUUGAAAAAGAAAAGGCAAGCCAAACAAAACACCGAGACCGUCUCUGCCAAUUCCUCUGGAUCUCCUGUUUCCAAAACACUUUCUGAGAAAGAUGAUGAAAGUAAAGUUAUUUUGGAGCAAAUCAGUUCCUCUGAAGACAACUGUAAACUUGCUGGGGAAAAGGAAACUGUUCCAGACAAAGAAAAGAAAAAGAAAAAAUACAAUCAACUGAAAGACAUCAGACGGACAGAACUUAAAAGAUACUAUAGUACUGAUGACAAUCAAAACAAAACCAAUGAAAAGAAAGAGAAAAAAAUGGUUUCUCAGAAACCCCAUGGUACCAUAGAAUACACUGCUGGAAAUCAGGACACCAUAAACAGCAUAGCAUUGAAGUUUAACAUCACCCCAAACAAGCUUGUGGAGCUCAAUAAGCUUUUCACGCAGACAAUUGUGCCAGGCCAGAUUCUCUUUGUGCCAGAAACAAGCGCCGCAAGGCUGUCUUCUUUCAGUCCUGGUGCUCCCGUUUCUCCUUCAUCAUCAGAUGCUGAAUAUGAUAAACUCCCUGAUGCUGAUUUGGCAAGAAGGGCCUUCAAACCAGUUGAGAGAGUCCUGUCCUCUACUUCAGAAGAGGACGAGCCUGUGGUUGUAAAAUUUUUAAAAAUGAAUUGUCGUUACUUCACAGAUGGUAAGGGCGUAGUUGGAGGAGUCAUGAUAGUAACUCCGAACAAUAUCAUGUUUGACCCACAUAAGUCUGAUCCUCUGGUAAUUGAGAAUGGCUGUGAAGAAUAUGGGCUCAUCUGCCCCAUGGAGGAGGUGGUCUCAAUAGCUCUCUACAAUGACAUCUCUCACAUGAAGAUUAAAGAUGCAUUGCCAUCUGACAUACCAAAGGAUCUUUGUCCUCUGUACAGGCCAGGAGAAUGGGAAGACCUGUCCUCUGAGAAAGAUAUCAAUCCUUUCAGCAAAUUCAAAUCCCUUAGCAAGGAAAAGAGGCAGCAGAAUGGAGAUCCAUCCAUUGCUCUGGGUGCCAAACAGAUAAAGCCUUCAGAUAAGGAAAAAUCUGCUGAUUUUGAGGUUCUUCAGUCAUCUGAGAGCACAGGCUCAAUCAAGUCAAAGUCACUGGAGCUUCCCAACAACAUCACUGCCACUGAUCAUUUGGCAAAGUUUGCUGCGGAUCCAUGUGCCAAGGAGCCUUCUGGGGAAAAAAAUGCUUCAGACAUCAAAACCAAAGAAAAAUCCCUUUUGGGAGAAGGAGAGGAUGACUUCAUUGAGCUGGAAAAGACGUCAUCUUGUAUGGAUAGAGGGUUGGACAGGAAAAUCUCAGUAAUGGAAGGCUUGCUGACUGACCCCAAGGAGUUGGGGAGAACUAAGCAGCAGGUAACCAAACCCACUACAGAAGUCCAGGAGCACUUGACAGUUGAUUCCUUGGAAAAAAAGGACAGUGUUGAACCUAAAGCUGACUUAGACUUAGACCUGUGUGAAAAGCAAGAUGUUUUUCCAGAAGUAAACAAAUGUGUCAGUUCCCCAACAGGUAAGGUGGAGACUGCAUUGGACACUAAGAAAGAGCUAGAGAAAGAUAAACUUAUUGAAUUUUACCUCAAUAAAGAUGGGAAUGGGUCUCAGUCAUCUGAAGACUUACACAAGGCUGAAAUCCAGAAAGGUGAAAACAAUAAAGCAAUUGGUAUAGACCUUACACUUAGCUGUUCAAAGUCCCACGCUAAUGAAGUCCAUACAGUUUGCUGUGUUGAAAGGAAAGCACCUUCAUUAGAAAUCAGCUCAGCAGCAGCAGAGGAAAAGGAUCUGAAAGAGUCUGUGGACUCUUCAUUAGUACCAGCUGUAGACAAGACCUCUCAAGAAACACAGUUAGACAAUCAAUCAGAAAUCAGACUGUGGCUGCUGCAGAAAAUUCAAGUGCCAAUUGAAGAUAUGCUUCCUUCAAAAGAGGAGAAGAGCAAGACUCCUCCAAUGUUUCUGUGCAUUAAAGUAGGCAAGCCCAUGAGAAAGUCUUUUGCGUCUCAGAGCACCACCAUGUCUCAACAGUACAGUAAAAAGAUAAAGCAACCAGAGUACUGGUUUGCUGUUCCUCGGGAAAGGGUGGAUCACUUGUACACGUUUUUUGUUCAGUGGUCACCAGAAAUAUACGGGAAAGAUGCCAAAGAGCAAGGUUUUGUCGUGGUAGAAAAGGAGGAGCUUGACAUGAUAGACAACUUCUUCAGUGAGCCCACUACUAAAAGCUGGGAGAUCAUUACUGUAGAAGAAGCAAAACGACGGAAGAGCGUUUGCAGUUACUAUGAAGAAGAAGAUGAUGAUACUUUGCCUGUCUUAAAGCAUCACAGCGCCCUCCUGGAGAAUAUGCACAUAGAGCAGCUUGCCCGGCGCUUGCCCGCACGAGUGCAGGGAUACCCAUGGCGGCUUGCAUACAGUACGCUGGAGCACGGGACUAGCCUGAAGACUCUCUACCGUAAAUCAGCAUCUCUCGACAGUCCAGUUCUCCUCGUCGUCAAGGAUAUGGACAACCAGAUAUUUGGAGCGUAUGCUACGCAUCCCUUCAGGUUUAGUGACCAUUACUAUGGCACUGGUGAAACAUUCCUCUACACAUUCAGUCCAAAUUUCAAGGUAUUCAAAUGGAGUGGAGAGAACACCUACUUCAUCAAUGGAGACACCAGUUCUCUGGAGCUCGGAGGUGGAGGUGGCCGGUUUGGCUUAUGGUUAGAUGCAGAUUUGUAUCACGGGCGAAGCAACUCCUGCAGCACCUUCAAUAAUGACAUCUUAUCCAAAAAAGAAGAUUUCAUAAUACAAGAUGUAGAAGUAUGGACAUUCGAAUGAAAUACUGACUGCCUUAAGGACUGGAUCCAUUAGGCACUUAAACGCUAACUAGAAGGUGCAGGCUGCCUCACAAGGUUGCACGCUUUUUCCUCAAGUUUGUACCAGAGCAUGACUACGCAAAAAAACCCAACCAACCAACCCAAGAAAAAACAGAGCUGGUUUUGAGAGGCAGUAAGAGACAGAACAGUAAGAGAUCAGUCUGAAGUGUUUUUUACGUCCUCCUCCAACACUCCUCCAUCGAAGAUAUGAUGCUUAUGAAAAUAUUCAUGGUGUAUAAGUUGAAAACUUUUUCUGUAACUGUGAAAAAGAUCCUGUGGGAAAUCUAUAACUAUCUAGUACAUUCCAUGUGUAUUUAUGUUCAACGUACAAAUGCUAACCAAAAAUAAAAGGUUGCUUUACCAAAA